AUGCUGGCCAACGAGAUCGUGCCGCUGCUGGUGCAGUACUGGCCGCUUGUUCUGGCUACGACUACCAUCGCAUAUCUCCUCAACAACAAGUACUGGAACGGCCUGAACAAAUACCCUGGACAUUGGGCUGCGGGAUACACCAACUGGUGGCGGCUGUGGGAUGUGUCCAAGCACAAUCAUCAAUGGACCAACCUCGCGUUGCAUCGCAAGCAUGGAGACAUCGUCAGGCUGGGACCGAACGUCUUGUCUUUCGCGGACCCAAAGACUAUCAAAGCUAUCUAUGGGCUGAACAGGGGUGUUACCAAGUCUGACUUCUACCCCGUCCAAGGCGCCGUUUCCAAAGGCGCACCGCUGCUCUCCCUCUUCUCCACCACCGACGAAGACUUCCACGCCAAGUACCGCCGAUGCGUCAACAACGCUUUUUCCAUGAGUUCGCUCGUCAACUACGAGCCUCUCGUCAGCUCGACGCUCACAUACUGGCUGGACAAGACAGAGGACAUGUACGCGAGAACUGGCCAGAGCUGCAACUUCAGUCAAUGGCUGCAGUUCUUCGCCUUCGACGUUAUCGGCGAGUUGACGUGGAGUAAGCGACUGGGUUUUGUCGAGGGAAACAAGGACGUGGAUAACAUUAUUGGCUUCUUGGGCAAGUUCUUUGACUAUGUCGCACCGGUCGGUCAAAUUCCUAUCCUCGACCGUCUUCUCUGGAAGAACCCCAUCAGCCUCCUCGCACAGCGCAUCGGCCUGGACAAGCGUGUCCACCCCGUCACCCUCUUCGCCCUGAACCGAUCCAACGAGCGAGCCACACAAGUCGAGAAGAUCAAGCGUUUCGGUCUUUCCGACGACGAGAAAGCCAACCCUCACGGCAUCGACCUCCUCUCCAAGUUUGCGCAAGCAAGCCACGACCAUGAGUUCAUGGACGAUAACCGCAUCCUUUCGACAUGCACAUCUAUGGUGUUCGCUGGCUCAGAAACAACCGCCAUCUCGCUUUCGGCCGUCUUCUACUUCCUCGUCAAGCACCCGCGCGUCUAUGCGAAGCUUAUGCAAGAAUUGGAUACCGCUGUAGCAGAUGGCAUUGUCGAGUCUCGCCCUGACAAGACCGUCUCUUGGCCCGAAGCCCAGAAGCUCACCUACCUCGACGCUGUCAUUCAAGAGUCUUUCCGUCUCCAUCCUGCACCUGGCCUCAUCCUCGAGCGCGUCGUACCCAAGCAGGGUAUGCAGAUCUGCGGCGAAUUCAUUCCUGGUGGAACCAUUGUCGGAUGCAACGCUUGGAUCGUCCACCGCCGACCGGAGGUGUUCGGUGUAGAUGUCGAUACUUUCCGCCCUGAACGCUGGGUUGAGGCUAGUCCAGAUAAGCUUAAGGAGAUGAAGGGCACCAUGUUGCAAUUUGGUGCUGGAGCUAGGACGUGUAUCGGGAAGAACAUCAGUCUUCUUGAGAUCUACAAGCUGGUGCCGAGUUUCCUGAGGAGGUUUGAGAUCGAGCUCGAGCGCCCUGAUGCUGAGUGGAAGACUCACAACGCUUGGUUCGUUACGCAAAGAGACUUCAACACAGUAUUCAGGCCAAGGAAGGGAUCGCCGUGA